CAGGAGGUCGGUGGUCAUCGAUCUGGGCUGCCACGCAGGUGGUUGGUCUCAAAUCAUCUUAGAGCGCAUCAACCGUGAGGGCUUCGUUGUUGGGGUGGACAAGGUUCUCAUUGAGCCACUGGAGAAUCACCACUUUGUCCAGGGAGACAUCCAGCAUGCCGCCACCAUCAGGAAGGUGGAAGAGCUCCUUGGCGGACGCCAGGCAAACUUGGUGCUUGCUGACUUGGCCGAACACUUAGGGCACCAAAGUGCCGGGGAAGAAGAUAAGUGUAAGCCCUAAGUGUAAGAGAUUGCCGCUCAAAGAAUUAAAAGCUGAGUGAAGUCGAAGCACAACAUGAUGCAACAUGUCGUUUCGCCGGAACUCGACCGAUUUUGAUUCGAGGAUCUUGUUCCUAGUAGCGAUGCCCUUUGCCCCCAGUAGCGUCCUGUUGCUAGUAGUAAGGCCAGGAGCCCCUAGUAGCUUCUUGUUACUACUAGUAAGGCACUUGUUACUACUAGCGAUGCACUUGCUACUAGUAGCUUCUUGUUCCUAGUAAGGCCAGGAGCACCUAAUGCG